AAAUGUUAGGCACAGCCAAUAUGAAGAAGCGAGAGAAAAUAGUUAUGAAGCAAGAAGAGAUAUUUAAGAAAAUGAUUAGAAGCAGAAUCAGCAGACUUUUGAGUCUAUGAUGAGAGAGGAGGAAGCAUAAGAGCAAUUUUAGGAUAAUUUUAAAAGUUAAGGAAAAGAAAAUUAUGAAGUUUCGUGGGAAUAUGAUUGAAGGUAUUGGGUAUGAUGAGCUGAAGGUGGUUGAGCCCGUGUUGGAGUGAGGCAGGAGGUUGCAGAAAUUUACUAGAAUAAUGAAGCCGAAGGAAAUAAAAUAUAUGGAUUUUAGAGGUGAUAGCUUAUAAUAAAUUCUUCAAGAUAUACGGAUGGCUUACAUUUUUCUGAUUGUAUGUUUGACUCGAAAGGAAUGAAGAUUAAGGAUAAUAUUGUGUUCAAAACUACUUUACUCUCUCUUGAAGGAUGUGGAAAAGAAUCUACAGGCAACUGGACGGUAAAUACGAGCCAAAUCCCCUCCUUUUUUCAUGCUAUUUCUAACUCUGGAUUGUCUAAAUCUCUGAAAAGGAUUGAGUUAGGAAAAUGAAAUCUUACUUCAGACCAAGUUCAGCAUUAUAUCGAGAGUAGCUUUUUAGGAGGAGUUAUUGUUUCAUUUCAACAAAACUCUACAAACAAUUCUUAUGAAUGUACUCUUGGGAAGAAGCCUGAAUACCAAAACCCCACCGAGAAAAUAUCUAAAAAUUGCAUCAUUCAAUAAUUAAAAAAA